AUGAGCUCUCAAGUUCAUCGAUCGAUCCAUCAUUCAUCAUCAUCACUAACACCAUCGUCAUCAUCAUCAACGACCAUGGAACAACUGCGUCUUGCAAAUGAGAGAGCAUGGACCACACUAGGGAAUCUGGCGGAAAUGAUGCCGCGUGCAACCACACGAGCCAUUAAUUUCUACAAGGAAGCCCUGAAACACAAUGCAGAUUCCGUCAACGCGUUAUCUCGGCUUGCAUCUCUCUAUCGUGACCAAGACCAACUUGAUCAGGCUGUCAAGUACUUUAAGCGUGUACUCACCAUCGAUGAGAACCAUGGUGAAACAUGGAGUGCCCUUGGCCAUUGUCAUUUAAUGAUGGAAAAUCUCGGCGAAGCCUACCACGCCUAUCAACAAGCCCUUUCAUGUUUGCCUAAUCCAAAGGACCCCAAACUUUGGUAUGGGAUCGGUAUCCUUUAUGAUCGAUACGGGUCGCUUGAAUACGCCGAAGAAGCAUUCUCGGCGGUGAUCCACAUGGACAAUAGCUUUGAAAAGGUCAACGAGAUUUAUUUUCGAUUGGGUAUCAUUUACAAGCAACAACAGAAAUAUGACUUGUCAUUACAGUGCUUUCGUUACAUUCUUGCCAACCCACCACAACCCUUGACACAAGUCGACAUCUGGUAUCAAAUGGGACAUGUAUACGAGCAACAAGGAGAAUUUGAACGUGCCAAGGAAGCCUAUGAACGCGUCUUGACGCACAAGCCCGAAGAUGCCAAAGUGCUGCAGCAGUAUGGGUGGCUGUUUCAUCAACCUGAUACGUCAUUUUCAAGUGGUGCCAGCGCAAUAGACUAUCUCACCCGCUCACUCAAAUCAGAUAGCAAUGAUGCACAAUCAUGGUAUUUGCUAGGUCGAUGUUACAUUGCUGAGCAAAACUAUAACAAGGCUUAUGAAGCGUAUCAACAAGCUGUUUACCGCGAUGCUCGAAAUCCUGCUUUUUGGUGCUCUAUUGGUGUUCUCUAUUAUCGAAUCAACCAGUAUCGGGAUGCAUUAGAUGCUUACAACCGUGCUAUUCGUCUUGCUCCCUACAUGAGCGAAGUGUGGUACAAUUUAGGAACUUUGUAUGAAGCAAGCAACAACCAAGUGCAAGAUGCAUUAGAUGCCUACCAACGUGCAGCACAGCUGGAUACCGCUAAUCCCCACAUUCGAGAGCGUAUCGAGUAUCUUCGAAGCGGAAAGAAAGGGGAAAGCAAACCACCACAGGCUCAAGAUAUUAGUAACCCCUAUCAAUUUCAGAGCAGCACACGUGGAUCAGCUUCUCCAACACCGCCAUCUUAUAUACAUAGCUAUCAGCAGCAGCAGCAACAGCACCCAACAACAUGUCAACCACCUCACACACAAGGUGCACAAGAACCCACAUCCAUCCCACAAUUACCGAUAGCAGCACCACCACCACCACCACAACCAGCGCCCACUACUGAAAAUGAUAUGUAUAAAACUUGCCCAACUUCACCUGUUCCUCAACCACCUCGAAAACGAACAUUGUCCAUGCAGCUGAAUACAUCAUCACCCAUCCACCAACACGAUGACAUACAUGCUCGUGGCAUACGCUCUUCCACUAUACAGCCCAUAUCCCCAGAAGAAGAAGAACCUGAUCGUAAACGAAAAAAAGAAGACCACCACCCAACAAAACAGCCAUUAGAAAGAAGCAACAACAACAACAACAGCCAACAACAACCCAUAAGCACUACCACCCCCAGCUAG